CGGGCGCUCGCAGCGCUCUCCCGGCCGCCUGCCGCCGCACCGAGACGGCGCGCGCAGGUAUGGCGCACGAGGAAGGAGCUACCCCUGAGUUGCUAGAUGCUCUCGUCGACAAGCGCCACCGGUCGUACAUGUCUGCGGUCCGUGGCAUCAGCUUAGGGACGUUUCGGGCUCGUGUGCCCAUGUCGACGAUGCCGAUACACCGUCGCUGGGUUCCUAGGUUACGCGCUUCAGGUCUUCUCCCGAUUGCGCGACUUGUGGAGGGAGAUAUGGCCGACCCUGCACGUCGACCUAGGGACAGGGCUCCACGGUUCCAGUUCGACAUGUCCCUCCUCGCGGCACUUCUCGACCGUUGGCGUCCGGAGACGCACACGUUUCACCUCCCGGUUGGUGAGAUGACCCCUACUCUUCAGGACGUGGCGAUGCUUCUAGGCUUGCCGUGUGCUGGACGAGCUGUGGGUGCAGAGGACGUGGGACUCUCGUGGCGCGACGACCUUUUGGCUCGGUUCGCCGGGGUUCAGCGCAACGAGCUAGCGUUGCCGUACCGGCCCUUGCCUGCGAACCACGCACACGGACCGACAAAGAGGUGGCUUCUACAGUUCAGUGCGGACUACAUGAGGGCAGACGCAGAUGACUUUACGGUUGCCAGGCACUUCGAGGCCUACUUACUGUGGCUGUUCGGCUGGGUCAUGUUCUGCAGCUCGCAGGGUGACUCGUGCCCCAAACAGCUCAUUCCUUUGGCGAGGUCGAUAGCUGACGCUCCACUUCACGAGAUGCCACAGUUCAGCUGGGGUUCUGCUGUUUUGGCUGCGAGUUACAGGGGUCUUUGCACGGGCGUGACGAAGGUCUCAGCAGAGGAGCCCAUUUUUGUUGGGUGUCCUCUACUGUUACAGCUCUGGUCUUACGAGCGCUUUCCCGUCGGUAGGCCAGAGAUGGACUUCGAGCCGUACGUCCAGCUGUCCGCAGACCACGACGACAUCGACAGACCUACGAUGGGUUCGUUGUGGUGCCUCAGGAGGCCUUCUUGGGUCGGCGUGCAGACGAGGAAGUCGUACCACGACUUCGUUGGUCAGUUUGACGCUCUUGUGGACACGGACGUGAGGUGGACUCCGUACACUGCAGCCGACAUUUACGCCCGGGCACCGAGCGGUCUGUCGUCCUUAUGCCUGCGAGAUCACGAGUACUGGAUGACGAGGAAGCCGAUCCUUUACGACAUCCACGUCGAGGAGUACCACGUUCACCGGGUUAUGAGGCAGUUCGGUCUCUACCAGCAGACCCCGGUACCGAUUGUGCACUCAGUGGAGGCCCACGUCCACAGGUGGACACGGCAGGGUCAGCCACCAGGCUCGCGGUGGGCCGACAAGGUCCGUCCUUACGUCGACUCUUGGGCCGCGGCCCUCGACGACGUCGUUUUCGAGGAUCGGCCGCACAGCAACGAGGCGUUCGCGGACUACCUACGGUGGUACCUGCCGAGGACGCGCACACGUGUCGUGCACGUUCCACCAGAGGGUCCGAUCGAGGCCGCAAGGGUGUCGGAGACGUACCCCGUAGUUCGAGAUCAGAACUUCGCCAUAGCGUACGAUGUCAUACGAGCGAUUGAGUCCGAGGCUUCGUCGAGUAUGGGCCAGUACCAUGACAUGACGCCCGCCCGGCACCAGAGCACACUGCAGAAGAUCGUCGAUAUGUUUUGGGGCCGGUUCCUGUGA